GGAGGGCGAACUGAGAAAGCGAGUAUCCCACCCACCCCCAGGCUGGUGUUCCUCUGCAACCCCUGCGCCGCUUGCCCCGGCCCGAGUCCCUCGCCUUGCUCGCUAGCCCGGUCCAGCCCGGUCACUAUGGAGCUCUGGCUUUGGCCGUCGGGCGGCGCCUGGCUGCUCGUGGCUGCCCGCGCGGUGCUCCAGCUGCUGCGCUCAGACCUGAGUCUGGGCCGCCCGCUACUGGCUGUGUUGGCACUGCUGGCCGUGCUCGACUGGCUGUGCCAGCGCCUGCUACCCCCGCCAGCCGCACUCGCCGUGCUAGCCGCCACCGGCUGGAUCGCGUUGUCCCGCUUGGCGCGCCCGCCACGCCUGCCCGUGGCCACUCGCGCGGUGCUCAUCACCGGCUGUGAUUCUGGUUUUGGCAAGGAGACAGCCAAGAAACUGGACGCCAUGGGCUUCACGGUGCUGGCUACUGUGUUGGAGUUGAAUGGGCCCGGUGCCCUAGAGCUGCGUGCCUGCUGUUCCUCUCGCCUGAAGCUGCUGCAAAUGGAUUUGACCAAGCCAGCAGACAUCAGCAGGGUGCUGGAGUUCACUAAGGACCACACCACCAGCACAGGUCUGUGGGGUCUAGUCAACAAUGCAGGCCUCAAUGACAUAGUGGCGGAUGUGGAGCUGUCUCCUGUAGCUACAUUCCGCAACUGCAUGGAGGUGAACUUUUUUGGUGCCCUUGAGCUGACUAAGGGCCUCCUGCCGCUGCUACGUCGCUCCAGGGGCCGCAUUGUGACCGUGGGCAGCCCUGCAGGAGACAUGCCCUAUCCAUGCUUGGCAGCUUACGGGACCUCCAAGGCAGCUAUGGCAUUGCUAAUGGAUGCUUUCAGCUGUGAACUCCUUCCCUGGGGGGUCAAGGUUAGCAUCAUCCAGCCCGGCUGCUUCAAAACAGAGUCUGUGAAAAAUGUGAGCAACUGGGAGCAACGCAAGCAACUGCUGUUGGCCACCAUGCCCCGGGAGCUGCUGCAGGCCUAUGGCGAGGACUACAUUGAGCACUUGCACGGGCAGUUCCUGGACUCACUCCGCCUGGCGCUGCCUGACCUCAGCCCGGUGGUAGACGCCAUCGUUGAUGCGCUGCUGGCGACUCGGCCACAACGCCGCUAUUACCCAGGCCGUGGCAUGGGGCUCAUGUAUUUCAUCCACUUCUACCUGCCAGAGAGCUUGCGGCGCCGCUUCCUGCAGUUGUUCUUCAUCAACCCCUGCCUGCCUCGUGCACUGCGGCCUGGCCAGCCCGGUGCUACCCUUACCCAGGACCCCAACCCCAAUCCCAUCCCAGACCCUUCCCUGGCAGGAGCUCGAUGAGCUGCUCCAGCAUGGGAGGUCCCAUGAGCCCUUGCCCUUCCCCUGGGCACGACAACUCCCUAGAGCCUGGUCUAAAGAACUCCAGUCCCCAACUGCCCCGCCUGGCCCAGGCCCAGCGAGGCUGUUUCUCAGUGAGCUGCUGGGUCCCGCUUCUGCUUCAUGAGCCUGUGUAGCCAGUUUAGGGCACAAUGCUCCCCGCUGCAGUUUCGAGAUCCCAGCUGGAUGGGGAGUAUGCUGUACAACUUCACUGGAGCCUUUGGCAGAACACUGCCAACUGGCAACUCUGCAAACUAAGGGACAACUGGGUGGGCUGGGGACCCCCCUCAGGAUUCUUUCUGGGCAACAGUGCCUCAGUGCUGCAAUAGGAAAACUCCUACUAUCUCUUGACUGGCUCAAGAAUUAGGGUCCCAGUGCCCACCCCCUCCCAAGUCACAGGGAUGCUGCCUACCCUACUUGUCUGAUGGCUACUUUUUAAAUAAAGAUACAUUUUUAUUUCUCCUACAAUGA